AGCGAUACACCUACAUUUGCCCCGCCCUCAUUCUACUAGCUGGGCUUUCGAACGAGCGAACAGCCGAACACGAGCACGCCAUUUUCCAUCGCCAGCGGAAAAAGCGUCGUGUAUCUGGAGCAGUGCACGGCACGCCAAAUCAAAUCCUGAAAGAACACCGAUAAGAUCCAGUCAUGCAUCGUGAAUGUCCACUUGACUGCAAAGUCUAUGUUGGAAACUUGGGCAGCAAUGGAAACAAGACCGAGUUGGAAAGGUCCUUCAGUUACUAUGGGCCUCUCCGCAGUGUGUGGGUGGCGAGGAACCCCCCAGGUUUUGCCUUUGUAGAAUUUGAAGACCCCAGGGAUGCGACCGAUGCUGUGCGAGAGCUUGAUGGGAGAACAUUGUGCGGUUGCCGUGUACGGGUAGAGCUGUCCAACGGGGAGAAACGCAGUCGCAGCCGCGGUGCCCCGCCGUCAUGGAGCAGGCGCCCCCGAGACAGAGAUGAUUACAGGCGGCGUAGUCCACCACUGAGGCGAAGAUCUCCACGCAGGAGGAGCUUCAGCCGUAGCCGCAGCAGGUCAUUCUCUAGAGAUAGGAGGAGGGAGCGUUCCCUCUCCCGGGACAGGAACCACAAACCUUCAAGAUCUUUCUCUCGGUCUAGGAGCCGCUCCAGAUCAAAUGACAGAAAGUAGAAGAACAGGAACAGAGAUGAGAAAGCAGUUGUACUGUUGUGUUCAAAUAAUGGAUGUUGGUUUUGUUUUUUUAUCUGUUAAGAGUUAUAGUCUCCCUUGUUUUUUGUUUUUUGUUUUUUUUGUUAGUCAUUUCACCAACAUUGGGUGUGCACAGGUGUGAAGCCUCACACAAGUCCCGAAGGAGGUGCACCAUCCAGCAUUCCAUCAGUAAUCACUUGACAACUUGUUUUUGUUGCUGUUUUAUGAAUAUGUGCCGUUUGACAUAUAGUGCAAGUUCAUUUUCAUUGUGAAUAUGUUUUUUUUUUAAGAAGGAUAGAAUGUGGUGCCGUCAGACGUUCACUGUGCUACUUGCCAAGGUAAAGCUGGUUUUCAUCUGCAUGUGAUUUGUAAAAAGCUGGUCGGAACAUGGAACGUAUCUGAAGCGGCUUUUCAUUUUCAGUACUUUGAUACGGUGUGAAAUUGUCUCAAUUAAAAAUACUGGUUGUUUAAAACAA